AAUCCGAAGUGAUGAGGUGGGUUUGACCUAAGGGGAGGAGGAGGGCUUAUCGGCCGGGCGAUUUUGGUUAAAAUAUUCAAGAUGGCGGACGGAGGAGCAGCGAGUCAAGAUGAGAGUUCAGCAGCGGCGGCGGCGGCGGCAGCAGGGACGCAGAUGUAAAAAGGAGCAGGUUUGGUGUCACCAAAUCAUUUUCUAAGUCUAUCCAGCGUUUAUUUUUUACCGGAAGAGCCUGAAAUAAGUAGAACACUCUGGGAAGAGCAGUCGUCUUUAUACACCAUGAAAUUGCAUUCUUCUUCCAAGAUUCCAAACCAUGCCUGGCUGUCAGAUGCAAGAAUGAACAAUCCGUCAGAAACCAGUAAAUCAUCAGAGAGCGGGGAUGGAAACACAGGCACCCAAACGAAUGGCCUGGACUUUCAGAAACAAGCGGUGCCCAUCGGAGCCAUCACAUCAGCCCAGGCACAGGCUUUGCUCGGACAUCUCCACCAGGUCCAGCUCGCUGGCACAAGUUUACAGGCUGCUGCACAGUCCUUAAAUGUACAGACUAAAUUUAAAGAAGAGCCUGGGGAGCCGACGCAAGCGGUGCAGCCUUCCCAGCAGCCCUCACUGCAGGCAGCCAUCCCCCAGACUCAGCUCAUGGUAGCUGGCGGACCAAUCACUGGGCUCACACUGACGCCGGCCCAACAGCAGCUGCUACUACAGCAGGCCCAGGCCCAACUACUCGCAGCCGCGGUGCAGCAUUCUGCCAGCCAGCAACACAGCGCCGCCGGUGCCACCAUCUCCGCCUCUGCCGCCACUCCAAUGACACAGAUUCCCCUGUCUCAACCAAUACAGAUUGCACAGGAUCUACAGCAGCUGCAGCAGCUUCAGCAACAAAAUCUUAACUUGCAGCAAUUUGUGUUGGUGCAUCCAACCACCAACCUGCCGCCAGCGCAAUUCAUCAUCUCACAGACGCCGCAGGGGCAGCAAGGCCUCCUGCAGGCGCAGAAUCUCUUAACUCAACUACCUCAGCAAAGCCAAGCCAACCUCCUGCAGUCUCAGCCAAGCAUCACCCUCACCUCACAGCCAGCAACCCCCACGCGCACAAUAGCUGCGACCCCUGUACAGCAACUUCCACAGAGCCAGACAACACCAAAGCGAAUCGACACCCCAAGCCUGGAGGAGCCCAGCGACCUUGAGGAGCUUGAGCAGUUUGCCAAGACGUUUAAACAAAGACGCAUCAAACUCGGAUUCACUCAGGGUGAUGUGGGGCUUGCUAUGGGCAAACUCUAUGGCAAUGACUUCAGCCAAACUACUAUCUCCCGCUUCGAAGCCUUGAACCUUAGCUUUAAAAAUAUGUGCAAGUUAAAGCCUCUUCUGGAAAAGUGGCUCAAUGACGCCGUUUUAGAAAACAUAACGUCUGACUCUUCCCUGAGCAACCAAAGUGUUCUGAACUCGCCAGGACAUGGGAUGGAAGGGCUGAAUCGCAGGAGGAAGAAACGCACCAGCAUAGAGACCAACAUACGAGUGGCCUUAGAGAAGAGUUUCCUGGAGAACCAAAAGCCUACCUCGGAGGAGAUCACCAUGAUCGCAGACCAGCUGAACAUGGAGAAAGAAGUGAUCCGUGUCUGGUUCUGCAACCGGCGCCAGAAAGAGAAACGGAUAAACCCCCCGAGCAGCGGUGGAUCCAGCAGUUCUCCCAUUAAAUCACUGUUCUCCAGUGCAAAUCCGCUGGUGGCCACUACCCCGAGCCUAGUGACCAGUAGUACAGCAACCACACUGACUGUAAACCCAGUGCUCCCGCUUACAAGUGCUGCUGCUAUAACCAGCUUUCCUGUCCCAGGCACAACAGGAACUUCCUCGGCCAACACAGCAACUGUGAUCUCAACGGCGCCCCCUGUAUCCUCUGUCCUGACGUCUCCAUCUCUAAGUCCUUCCCCCUCGGCUACUGCGGCAACAUCGGAAGCGUCCACAGCCAGCGGGACGAGCACGACGCACACCACAUCCACUCCAUUGACCUCUCCAUUAAGCACUGGCCAAGUCAUGGUGACUGCAUCCGGAAUCCACACGGCGGCUACAGCACUACAGGGCGCAGCACAGUUGCCUACCAGUGCAAGUCUUGCUGCCAUGGCUGCUGCGGCAGGACUGAACCCAGGGCUUAUGGCGCCCUCACAGUUUGCCGCUGGAGGUGCCUUAUUUAGCCUCAAUCCAGGUGCCCUGGGGAGUGCCCUUAGCCCUGCUCUCAUGAGUAACAGUACACUGGCAACAAUUCAAGCUCUUGCAUCUAGUGGAUCUCUUCCAAUAACAUCACUGGAUGCUACUGGGAACUUGGUCUUUGCCAACGCUGGAGGGACCCCUAACAUUGUGACUGCCCCUUUAUUCCUCAAUCCUCAGAACCUUUCUCUACUCACCAGCAACCCCGUUAGCUUGGUCUCUGCAGCCUCCACUGGGGUUACUGGCCCCAUCACAAGCCUUCAUGCCACCACCUCUUCGGUCGAUUCCGUCCAGAACACACUAUUUACCGUGGCCUCUGCCAGCGGAGCUGCUUCCACCACAACAUCAGCCUCCAAGGCACAAUGAGUUUUGGUGGGGGGGCGGGACAUGGGCAUGCAAACCAGACCAUGGUAGCAUUGUCGCUUACUGGUAGCGAUCAACUACAAUAAUAAAAAAAACACACAAUCGGAUUUGCCCGCCUCUCGGAAGCGUUGCAAGCGAAACUGGGGCGGCGGGAAGGAAAACGUAAACACGUGAACAAAUAACGGACGGACACUUUGCCUAAUUUUAUAAUAAACUUUCUCUUUUCGGGAUGACAACUGAUCGGAGAGCUUUCUAACCAAAAAUGUAAAAAAAAAAAAUCAAAAUGGAAAAAAAAAAACAAAAACAAAAGGAAAAAAAAAUAAAAAGUCAAAGGACUACUUCUCAUUUCCAGCAGUCACGCGGACGCGCAAGGUUGGUUAUCGGAAAUCAGACAUAAGAAGGGGAAUACGAUUUGUGCGACUUUUUUUAUUUUCCUUUUUUUAUUAUUAUGGUUUUUUGUACGGGUCUGUUGUACAGACCUUUUUAUGUCAUUGCAAGGUGUUUAUAGUCAUAUCAAAGUGUCGGGGGUUCCUUGGUAACUGGUACAACUAAAGGCAGGCCUGUUAUUACUGGUUUCUUUUCUCUUCCUACUUCCCGGGCCCAUUUGUUUCCCUCCCACAGGUUUAGACUUCAUGGUGCCGAGCUGGACUUCUGUCCCAGAGAACCCGCCCCAUCGAUCUCUGCCUUUUCCUUAGGUUCUGGGAGUUGUUGCUUGUAGCUUUUUAAUUAUUUCUAGCACCUUACACUGAAGGUUGAGCCAAGAGACUGCACAGACACCCACUGGCAGGACGAGGUGGCAAAGGCGUCUCUACUUGGGCAGUUGGUGCAUUGGCCAACCUGUAGUUAAGCAGAGGAACCUCUACUGUUAGUGGGCAGUCGUUGGACUGGGUGGCCCAUGCUGCAAAUGAUGUGUGCAAAGUCAUCAGAGAAAAACAAGGACUUGAGUCACUGAUAGGUUUAACCGCUUGCAUAUCAACUACAUCUCCCAGCAUCCUCCAAAAAGCAUUGGGUUAACUUCUCCAAGUAGACUAAAAUGUAUGGGUUUUAUGAAGUGCUGUAUAAACGUUGGCACUGAGUAAUAAGGGGUAAUAAUUUGUUUGGAAGAUGCUCACCAUACCCAAGUUACCUGUAUUCUCUUCUGUCUCAGAAGAGUUUUUGGGACUUCCAAUACCUGGACAUGCAUGAAGCACCCAAGUUGGCUCAUUUUGAAAUGAACGAGCCAACAUUUGGUCCAUGCCUGGCCCUUCUUUGAUUUUAUCUUGGAUUAAAAUCCAAAAUGACCCAAAACCACAAAUUAGGAUAGCUGGUGGCCCACCUUGAUGAACUAAUGGUCAGUGGUCGAGGUGAUUGUGUUCUAAUUGUCCUAUUGACCACUUCAUAUCAGUAGAGUUUGAGUGUUAUCACAAGGUCAGUGAGUGGGCUCAGUAGUUGACCAGGAAGUCCUUUAUACUAAAAUGUGAUGUUUUUGUGAUCUUCAACCUCCAUCUGCUAUAUCUCCAUGAUGGGGACGAACCAGCUCCUUUGCACACAUCAUACAGUUUUGUGUUUCCGGUCUGAUUUAUUAAAAACGAUGAUUUUAUAGGUCAGCAGAAACGGCAAUAAGUUUGCAACCCGGGAGGAGCCAGGCCCAUGUCUGGAUGCUAAAUCCCUCUGAGCUGGUACAAGGAAUUGAAAGUGGUCUGCAACAUUUCUUCUACUUCACCUUUUCUAUACGAAACCAAAAAAUAACCUAGUGAUUGGUUGAAAGCAAACCCCAGACUGGAUCACUGCAAUGCAGUUCACCUUCAUCUCCCAGUGGGGAACGUUUCUGCCGGCUAAACGGAGGCUGAGUUUUUUUCUUUGUUUUUUUGGACCUUUGUUCUCGAAUGUUGAUCCAAGGAAGGGGAUGUUCCGACACUCCCGCUGGACAAUAGGAUUACGGUGCACUGAAUUGGGUUCUCCUAAACUCAUGGCGGAAACUUCUCCUCGUUUCUGGACUUCUAAACCCAACGUUCUCUCCGACGUCGUCUAACCCUACUUAUCGUAGUGAACUGCAACCGGUAAAACUAACCCGUCUCGGUCACCUUGUACAUGGAGUUUUGUUUUUGUUUCAUUUUUAAAUUUCUUUUUGUUUUUUCUUGAUAUAUAUAAAUAUAUAUAAAUAUAUGAACCCCCCCUGUGCUGCUGGUGUAAAACCAGUUGGGCGGUCAUCAUGCUGGUCCUCCACCAGCGCAGAGGAAGGUUAACCAAGCUUGAACCAAAGUCAAUUUCUAGCAAGCUGCUGUACUAAUGGACUAGUUUGUGUGCAGUUCAGGCGCAGUGAGUGACUAAAUAGAUGCUACUGACAAUUUCUUUAUUAUUUUUUUAUUUUUCAUUUGGUUGGGGGUAUUAAUGUUAUAUAAAACUUGCUGCUUGAUUUA